GAAGUUUCGGGUGAGCAGCAGUUGAGUUGACAUAUGUGGCUAGGCUAGACCAGGUAGCUCUUCCAUCGUUCUCUUCCUCGCCAAUUUUCGCCCUAAUCGCUCUCCCCAAUCUCAAAACCCUAAUCUUAAUGGCCUCUGAAAAGUUGGGACUAGUCCCCUCCCAACAAAUUCUCAACCAGCAUCCCCAGCUAGUCUUCCCAGAACCUUUCGCCUGCACUCCUCCGCCGCCGCAUCGCCGUCCCUCCGCCGCUGCUGAUCCCGCUCCAAAAGCUGCCACCCGAGAGCUCACCGCCUCCUUCCUCGAUCACCACCACUAUUUCAACCCUCAGCCGUCCCAAUUCCGCCACCAAUGGAAUGCCAGCAGCCGCAGCUCUGGCGGCGACGCGGCGGAGCCUGGUGAUGUGGACGACGACAACGAUGACGAAGAAGACAACGACGGGGAUGAUGAGGAGGAGGAGGAGGAGGAAGAAGUUGGAAAUGAUGUGGAGAAUAUUGUUACUGUCGCUAAAGCAUGUGACAGCAAUCAGAAAGAUAGGUAUAGUGCUAACAGUAAUAGUCACAAGAUGAAACACAUUUCAUCACUAGGUUUCAAAGAUGCAAAUAUGGGACAGUCUGGAAAAUACUACUCGCAGUAUUUGAAUGGGGCAGAGGGUCCCAGCACUUCAUCGGGGCAGAAGGAGAUUCCAACCGCGGAGAAUGGUUGUGGAUUUAGCGGAAGUAAGGAGGGCUCAUAUCUAAGUGAAUCGGGGGAUUCCUUGAGGGCUACUUUAUUGGACCCGCUAACCGGGACACUUAUGGAAGAAGCUAUGAUAUUACCUUGUGGGCAUUCCUUCGGCAGUGAUGGAAUACAACAAGUUGUUAGAAUGAAAGCUUGCUAUACAUGCUCGCAACCAGUGUCAGAGGACAGAAUUACGCCAAACCUCUCUCUACGCGUAGCUGUUCAGGCUUUCAUUAGGGAAGAAGAAUCACAUGUUAAUUAUGUGCUGAAAAGAAGAAGAGAAAGAUAUGAUCUGCAGAAGGGGACAUUUGUUGAUUCUAUGCUCACAUAUCAGCCAAGGGCAAAAGGUGUCCAGUUCCCGUUUUCCGCUAUGGAUCGAGUUAUAAUAAAGGGUAACAAGAGAACACCUCAACGAUUUGUGGGGCGUGAGGCAAUUGUUACCAAUCAGUGCUUGAAUGGAUGGCUGUCAGAGAGCGUUUUGAGUAUUCAUGCUCUAAAUUUCUAUGAGGGAUGAAAAAUAUACUCAGAUUAGAUUCACAUCUGCAAGUUCCCAGGUGGCUGUGAUGCAUGUAAAACUUCAAUGUUCUUGAAUGUGCAAUCCUAGGGAGAGCAAAGCUUGUCAGGACAAAACAGAUGAAAUGAACUCCUUCCUCUGUUUUUUUAUUGAAAUAAUAUUAUCCAUUGAUUAUUGAUGUGCCUUUUGGUUUGUCUUUUACUAUUGUAUGGCUGCUUUGCUCAAUCUGCUUCGCCUA